AUGGGGGAGGGAGAUUGGGACGAGGGCCUGGAGGUCAGUCCAGAGGAGCUCAACAGGGCCAGGAAGAGGCUCGGAGUCAGGGGCAUAGCCCCUGGCCGGGGCUCCGGGACGUCCCCGGAGACACAAGUCCUUGUGGAUGGCGUUCACGUCCACGUCGGGCCGACGAUAAAGUAUCUCGGCCUGACGUUGGACAGCCGUUGGAGUUUCGGGCCCCACUUUGGGAACCUGGCCCCCCGAGUGCGCAAGGCGGGUUUGGCUGUCGCCAGCCUGAUGCGCGCCCAGGGGGGUCCGGGAUGGAUGAUACGCCGCCUGUAUGUCACGGCCGUGCUCUCGAUCGCCUUAUACGGGGCGCCCAUAUGGGCGCCCAGCCUCUUGGUCUGCCGGAGGAGAAAACGCUCCCUCCGGCAGGCCUUGAGGCCAGUAUUGAUCAGGGCGAUUCGAGGAUAUUUGAAAAUCAGUAUGGCAUGUGUACAAGAGGAAAACCUAUGUGAACAGGAUCAAUACGGUAUAUACUACAUGGGCUGA